GCUCGCCCUCUACGAGGCCCCGGCCUUCCUGAAGCGGAGGGCCAAGAGAAAGGUGCUUUUCCAGGCCAAGGGCUACGAGCUGCUGCUGCUCCCUCCCAAGGGCAAGGUAUUCACGUGCAGCCCUUUUGGCACGUUUACGCCGCUGCCCGCCCACGAGCGAAACAUGGCCCGCCCUGUGCUGUUGCCGCUGAUCGGCGCUGUGGCCGCCCUUUAUGGCCUGAGCUUCGCCUUCGUGGGCACGCCGAGCACGCCCCGCGACCUGAGCCGCGUUCCAGCGCGCGUGAGCGCGGAGUAUUUGGAGCGCCUUGGACCCAAGGAUUCCGAUGUGCCCUUCGACGGCACGUCGGCGACUGGCCCGGGCGCCGCCGUGGAGUUCAAGAAGAGGCCCUUUGGCAUCCUGCGCUACCAGCCAGGCAACGGCAUGAAGGGCGCCAUGGCCAUGGAGAUCAUCCCCAAGAGCCGCUACCCGGGCGACCCCCAGGGCCAGGCCUUUGCCUCAGGCGUGCAGAGCGGCUGGGUGGUGGCCUCCAUCAACGGCCAGAACGUGCUGAGCGAGGACUUCGGCAAGAUCAUGGACUUGCUGGACGAUGAGGUGGCGGACCCGCGAUUCUCCAAGUCCACCGCCCUGGCAUUGGAGAAGCAGGGCGGACGCAUGGCGGAGCCUGCGGCGGCACCUCUGCAGGUGACCUUCGCUUCCAUCCCAGGCUAUGUUUACAAGGGCGCUGAGCUCAAGGAGGACGGCCAGGACGGCUUUGCCCGCUGA